GUUGACGAUUCUACACCUUUGUGGGCUUUACGGGGUUUAUAUAUUGCAUAUGUAUCCUUUUGUGUUCUGUAGGCUACGACCACCUGCUGUAUGCACAAUAUGUGCUUGUUACCUUUGUAUCCCACCUCCCUUCUUGAAUUUAAAGACCUAGCUAUUACAUCUUGUUUACUCAAUAUCAUUCCCCCAUUAAAAAAAAAAAAAAAAAGAAAAAAAACUACAUGAACUGAACAUGCCAUGUUUCAAUUUGGCCCCAGUGGCUUUUUCUCUGAAAGCAAAAACGUGUGUCUUUUACACCAGGGCUUUUCUCCCCACCCCAGGGGGUGUCUUCCAUUCUUUUGUGGCUCAGUUUAAGGCGAAAAGGGCUCCAAACCACAAACUCAGCGAAGAGAGCCCCUUCUUCCACCUCCAGGCAGAGUUUCCGACUGAAUUUAUCUGAAGAUAGCGUGCUCUCUUCUUACUUAUUUGCCACCAUUCCGAGGACAACAGCACACCACCUUGGCUUCAAGAUCCCGGGUAGGGGCUCACGGUCCUUCUCAACCCUCUCUGGCGAGGCCUUGCUUCCUUCCACUCGAGGUAUGUUCUGUUUUGUGCUUUUCCUUUUAGAAGCUACUAAAGGGUGUUGGGGAUACUUCUGACUAUUAUGAAGGCCAAAAGGCCUGUUGACGGGCUGCUUUUAACCCUUUCAUGUUUGCAGAGAAUGCCACUGUGUGACAGUAACUGAACACUGGUCCAAAGUCUUUCCCAAAGGUCAAGGUUCACAAGAACAUCUGAUCCAAUUCAUGACCAUGGGGGAUAUGAAGACCCCAGACUUUGAUGACCUCCUGGCAGCAUUUGACAUCCCAGAUAUGGUGGAUCCUAAAGCAGCUAUUGAAUCUGGACACGACGACCAGGAAAGCCACAUCAAGCAGAGCGCUCACGGCGAUGACGACUCCCACACGCCGUCCUCUUCUGACGUGGGCGUCAGCGUUAUUGUCAAGAACGUUCGGAACAUCGAUUCCUCCGAGGGCGCAGAGAAAGACGGCCACAAUCCGACGGGCAACGGCCUGCAUAAUGGGUUUCUUGCAGCGUCCUCUCUUGACAGCUACAGUAAGGACGGAUCGAAGUCCUUGAAAGGAGAUGUGCCUACCUCAGAGGUGACUUUAAAAGACUCGGCUUUCAGCCAGUUUAGCCCUAUCUCAAGUGCUGAAGAGUUUGAUGACGACGAGAAGAUAGAGGUGGAUGACCCCCCUGAUAAAGAGGACAUGCGCUCAGGCUUUCGAUCCAAUGUGCUGAGCGGGUCGGUUUCCCAGCAAGACUAUGAGAAACUGAAGGCGCUCGGAGGGGAAAACUUAAGCAAAACUGGAAUCUCUACUUCGGGCAGUGUAGAUAAAAACAAAGUUGUCAAGAGAGAAACAGAAACAAAUUCUAUAAAUCUGAGUGUGUAUGAACCUUUUAAAGUCAGAAAAGUGGAGGAUAGAUUGAAGGAAAACUCUGAAAAGGUGCUUGAAAAUAGGGUCCAUGAUGGGAAGCUGGGCUCCGAGAAGAACGACGCCGCCCUUGGCAGUGUGGCUCCGUCAAGGUCAAAGCCAUCCUCCAAGCUUUCCUCCUGUAUAGCUGCCAUUGCAGCUCUUAGUGCUAAAAAGGCUGCUUCAGACUCCUGUAAAGAACCAGUGACGAAUUCACGGGAACCCUCUCCAUUACCAAAAGAAGUCAAUGAUAGUCCCAGAGCCAUUGAAAAGUCUCCUGAGUCCCAGAGCCUCAUCGAUGGGACAAAGAAGGUGUCCCUAAAGCAGCCGGAUAGCCCCAGGAGCAUUUCAAGUGAAAACAGUAGCAAGGGAUCUCCGUCAUCCCCUGCAGGAUCGACACCAGCAAUUCCCAAAGUCCGCAUCAAAACCAUUAAGACGUCGUCUGGGGAAAUAAAGAGAACAGUGACAAGGGUAUUGCCAGAAGUCGAUCUUGACUCUGGAAAAAAGCCCUCUGAGCAGACGGGGCCUGUGAUGGCUUCUGUGACUUCACUUCUGUCAUCUUCAACUACAGCUGCCGUCCUUUCCUCUCCCCCCAGAGCGCCUCUGCAGUCUGCUGUUGUCACCAACGCAGUUGCCCCUGCAGAGCUGACCCCCAAACAGGUUACUAUUAAGCCUGUGGCAACUGCCUUUCUCCCAGUGUCUGCCGUGAAGACGGCAGGAUCUCAAGUCAUUAAUUUGAAGCUCGCUAACAACACGACGGUCAAAGCCACGGUCAUAUCUGCUGCCUCUGUUCAGAGUGCCAGCAGUGCUAUCAUUAAAGCUGCCAACGCCAUCCAGCAGCAAACCGUUGUGGUGCCGGCAUCCAGCCUGGCCAACGCCAAACUCGUGCCAAAGACUGUGCACCUCGCCAACCUUAACCUUCUGCCUCAGGGCGCCCAGGCCACUUCUGAGCUCCGCCAAGUGCUAACCAAACCUCAGCAGCAAAUAAAGCAGGCAAUAAUCAAUGCGGCAGCCUCGCAACCACCCAAAAAGGUGUCUCGAGUCCAGGUGGUGUCCUCCUUGCAGAGCUCUGUGGUGGAAGCUUUCAACAAGGUGCUCAGCAGUGUCAACCCCGUUCCAGUUUACAUCCCCAACCUCAGUCCCCCUGCUAAUGCAGGCAUCACGCUGCCGACCCGCGGGUACAAGUGCUUGGAGUGUGGCGACUCCUUCGCUCUUGAAAAGAGUCUGACUCAGCACUACGACAGACGCAGUGUGCGCAUCGAGGUGACAUGUAACCACUGUACAAAGAACCUCGUUUUCUACAACAAGUGCAGCCUCCUCUCCCACGCCCGUGGGCAUAAGGAGAAGGGGGUUGUAAUGCAGUGCUCCCACUUGAUUCUAAAGCCUGUCCCAGCAGAUCAAAUGAUUGUUUCUCCGUCAAGCAAUACUUCUGCUGCAUCUUCUGCUCUGCCGAGCUCUGUGGGGGCUGGCACACACACUGUAACCAAAAUCCAGUCUGGUAUAACUGGGACCGUCAUAUCAGCUCCUUCAAGCACACCCAUCAUUCCAGCUAUGCCUCUAGACGAAGACCCGUCCAAGCUCUGCAGGCAUAGUCUGAAAUGUUUGGAGUGCAACGAAGUUUUCCAGGACGAGACAUCGCUGGCUACACAUUUCCAGCAGGCUGCAGAUACGAGUGGACAAAAGACUUGCACUAUCUGCCAGAUGCUGCUUCCCAACCAGUGCAGCUAUGCAUCCCACCAGAGAAUCCAUCAGCACAAAUCUCCCUACACCUGCCCCGAGUGCGGGGCCAUCUGCAGGUCGGUGCACUUCCAGACCCACGUCACCAAGAACUGUCUGCACUACACGCGGAGAGUUGGUUUUCGAUGUGUACAUUGCAAUGUUGUGUACUCUGAUGUGGCCGCACUGAAGUCUCACAUUCAAGGUUCUCACUGUGAAGUCUUCUACAAGUGUCCUAUUUGUCCAAUGGCGUUUAAGUCUGCCCCCAGCACACAUUCCCAUGCCUACACACAACAUCCUGGCAUCAAGAUAGGAGAGCCCAAAAUAAUAUAUAAGUGUUCCAUGUGCGACACCGUAUUUACCCUGCAAACCCUGUUGUAUCGCCACUUUGACCAACACAUCGAAAACCAGAAGGUGUCUGUUUUCAAGUGUCCAGACUGUUCUCUUUUAUAUGCACAGAAGCAACUCAUGAUGGACCAUAUCAAGUCUAUGCAUGGAACAUUGAAAAGUAUUGAAGGGCCUCCAAACUUGGGUAUAAACUUGCCUUUGAGCAUUAAGCCUGCAACUCAAAAUUCAGCAAAUCAAAACAAAGAGGACACCAGAUCCAUGAAUGGGAAAGAGAAAUUGGAAAAGAAAUCCCCAUCUCCUGUGAAGAAAUCAAUGGAACCCAAGAAGGUGGCCAGUCCCGGGUGGACGUGUUGGGAGUGUGACCGCCUGUUCACGCAAAGAGAUGUUUACAUUUCCCACGUGAGGAAGGAGCACGGGAAGCAAAUGAAGAAGCACCCGUGCCGCCAGUGUGACAAGUCCUUCAGCUCGUCACACAGCCUGUGCCGGCACAACCGGAUCAAGCACAAAGGCAUCAGGAAAGUGUAUACCUGCUCGCACUGCCCAGACUCCAGGCGGACCUUCACCAAGCGGCUGAUGCUGGAGAAGCACAUCCAGCUCAUGCACGGUAUUAAGGAUCCCGACUUGAAAGAAAUGACAGAAGCCACCAACGAGGAGGAAGCAGAAAUAAAAGAAGACGCCAAGGUUCCCAGUCCCAAGCGGAAGUUGGAAGAACCAGUUUUAGAGUUCAGACCUCCCAGGGGAGCGAUUACUCAGCCGCUGAAAAAGCUCAAGAUAAAUGUUUUUAAGGUUCACAAGUGUGCCGUGUGUGGCUUCACCACCGAAAAUCUGCUCCAGUUCCACGAACACAUCCCGCAACACAAGUCCGAUGGCUCCUCCUACCAGUGCCGGGAGUGUGGCCUCUGCUACACGUCGCAUGUGUCCCUGUCCCGGCACCUGUUCAUCGUGCACAAGCUGAAAGAGCCUCAGCCCGUGUCCCAGCAGAACGGGGCCGGGGAGGAGAACCAGCAGAACAAGCCCAGCCCCGAGCACGAGGCGGCCGACGGCGCCGUGUCCGACAGAAAGUGCAAAGUGUGCGCAAAAACGUUCGAAACGGAAGCUGCCUUAAACGCCCACAUGCGGACACACGGCAUGGCCUUCAUUAAAUCCAAAAGGGUGAGCUCAGCUGAGAAAUAGCCACAGACCUUCCACAGGGGGGAUCCCUGUCCACAUUGGAAUAAAAAGACAUUUUUGUUACAGAAAGUUUGCAGUAUAAUAGAGUUAACAGUACCGUCUAGGCUGUUGCAAUAUAUUCUCUUUCAGCGUCCCCUCCUCACCCCGUCGUGUAUAUCCUCGAUAAGUAUUAAAACAGUAUUUGAGUUUAAAAGAGUUUGUAUAUAUUUAAAUGAAUAACUUUUUAUACUCUUUGUUACAUGUUUGUAUCAGUAUUUAGUAGAAAAUGUUUUGAGUUUGGUUUUUUUUGGGGGGGGUUUAGAAUUUUUCUUUUUGUAGCGUUCCUUCAAAACAGAGUUCUUAGUAACGAGCAGUUCCUGAAUUCAAAUAAACCAUUUUGUAUGUUAUGGAUUUAAAAGGGUUAACUAAUUACAGGCUAAGAUAAUGCCUUUUUUAGUGUUUUUAAUUUUUAGAAUUCACUACAUAAAUUGUAGGUGAUCGCGGGUCUCAGAACACCUGGGGACUUCUAAGUGUCUUAGCACUACCCUCAACGUGCCUGCUCUAGUCCGGGGCGCGCGUUUCCCACGCCAGCGCGCUCCGGCGGCGUGUGGCAUCCUCCAGGCCAUGCCAGACGGUGUUUAAAGCGGCAGCCUUGCAGGUGAAUAAAACGCGUAGGCCGGCAAGCCGGUGACGGAGGAGGGUGUCCCUGAUUUCAUCGCCUGGGGAAGAAGGGUGUCUGUCCGAGAGUCAGAACGAGGGCUGGUGGUCGUCUGGUCCGACUCGCAAGGCUGACUCCAAGAGCACAAGGAGAUAAAGUUACGAAAGGGCUGGACUACUGUAGAAGUUACAAAUACAUAGUUAGACCAAUAGAUUUCUAUAGUCAAAUUUUUGUCGUGUAAUUUAUUAACUAUUAUAAAGACACAACUAAAGAUAUCAAGUAUUUCUCCGGCUCUUGACAGGAAGACAAACAUCCUAGUCGACGUAACCCUUUGCUGUCUAAAGAGUUGGCGUUCCUGUUCUGGGUGCUACUGCCAAACGUCCUGGUACUUAGAGUUGGCACGCACACCUCGGCCCACCAGCCGACGCGUGCAGCCGGCCGCGAGACCAGCCCGAGCCGCCCGGGUUCGUUCGCUCAUUUCAAUAAGUACAUUUACCGGUGGGUUCUGCUCGGUGGAAGCAGAGCAGAGGUCCUUUUCUGUCCCUUCCGUUUGUAGUUCUCUGGGAGAGUUCUAUUUUUUGGUUUUUGUUUUGUGUUUUCUUUGCCAUUUUAUAUCUUGUAUUUAUCCCUGAACAUGUUUUGUACUUUUUUUUUUUUUUUUUUUAAGAAAAAUUAUUUUGUGUAUAUAUAGAUACUUGCAUGAUAUACUGUAGUCAACGUUCGGUUCCUCAGAAAGGUCUUGCUGCUGCUGUGCGGUGUAUGCACUGCAUCCAUCAGAACUGUACUAAACACAUUUCAUAUGUAAAUAAACGUGGGACAUUUGGCCCUGUGCUUCUGUGAGAGCGUUAUUGAUGGUGGGACUGUGACAUCGUCAUGAAGUUUAGGAAGUGAUUCGUUUCAGGGACAGGCUGCAGGCCACUGCAGGAUCUUCCCGCUCAGAAGGAUGGCAUAUAUUCGUUCUCAUUAGCGAUCGGCUGUUGUGUCACUUUCUUGUUGACUCCAUCGGGACAUGGGUGUAACCCGAGGGCAUGAUUACUCCUCAACUUGAAAUUCAAUUGCUGUUACUUGUCAUAUUUAUACUUGUAUCGCUCUGAGUUGUGUUCAUAGGACUUCCACAUGUUUCUGCACUGGAACCUUGCAAUAAGCCUGUGUGGUGAGCUGCACGGGUCUUACUGGCCUAGUUUCACAGUUGAGGAAGCUGAGCUCCGAUUACAUUCUUUCCCUAAGCCCUCACAGCUGGUCAGUGGCUUUGCGUAUCAGAACCCAUACUCUUGCUCUAAACCUCUAGUGCUCGCUCUAUGUGUUUAUGUACAUAUUGGCAAAUAUUCAUUUACUCAACAAAUAAAAACUAUGUGCAAAACA